AUCGAGAAAAUAAUCCGCCACGACACACAAUACCUACAUAGACGCCACAGCCCCGCGGUUGCCAUGGCCAUCACUCUCUUGUAGGCUUCCACACCCCUUAGGACCUUCUGGCCAGACGUUGCUGCACCUUCGUCACACACAUGGGGGAUCGCAAUGGCGUCAGUUAAGUCUUUGGGGCUGCACCAGCCUAGCGGCCUCCAUCACGCGGCCCACGAAGAUGCACCGCCCUCGACAUAUUCCUGGGAGAUCUCGACUGACCCCGAUCACAACGAGUACGACGAUACAUGCGAAAUCGAGGACGAACUGCUGGUCACCAAGAACUGCGUUGUCUGGAGCCGAGGUGCUGUGUUCCGUAAGUCGUACAAGUUCGACCUCGAACAGGAGCCCGUCACCCAGGCCCUCCUUGCUUCCUUUCCCACCGCCGACGACAUCAAGGCGAACGAUACAAAGAAGAAGCCGUCCACAAAAACCAGCGAGCCUCGCCGCCUGUCCCGAGCCUUGGUCGUCUUCCUGCGCACUCAAGCCCACAUCUACUUCCUCUCCGGCACGAGCCAUGUCGUUCACAUGCCUUUCGAGGUCGAGGCUGCCUGCGCAGCACCUCAAGGAGUCAUAAUCCAGCGCAAACAGAGAGGCGACAGCACCGCACCCGCCUCCCUCAAGUUCCCGAAAGUUCCGCCCAACUCCUUCGUCUCCUCGCAGAUCACCGUCACCUCUCCUCGAAGCUCACAGCACACUGUCUUCUCCGUCGAGGGCCUGAACAAACCAAAGCACCUGCCCUUGGGUCUAAGCUCGACCCUGGGAAACAUGUGGGAGCCGACGUUGGAACAGCCGAACUCGCACUGGCCGCGCUUGGUGUCUCUGCUGGACCCUUUGCAAGAGCUCGGGCUCGUGGUUACUCGACCGGACGGCGCUGCCGGGGAAAAGAGGAGGAAGAGCUCGCCCAAGUCGCCCUAUUUCCUGGACCCCGCCGAAGAAAUUCUACACAUUGAGGAGAUCAAGCAUCCCGGCGCACCCAAGACCAAGAACUUGGAACCCCUGAUACUCGCCGUCACCAUGAACCGGGAGGCCAGCACCUAUGCCGUGUGGAGAGUUGCCUACAUCAAAAACGAGGACCCCUUCAUCGGCCGCCUUAAGAAGGACAAGAGCAGGGCAGAGCGUCGACGAAGCUCUAUGCAGCCGCACUUUGCCAGCGGCGCCACGACCCCGGUGCAGACAAACUUUCGUGAGAGCUUUGGGGCUCCCUUGCCGGGGAAAAGGUCGAGGAAAAGCGAAAAGACUGAAAGGCUUGACAAGGUCGAGAAGCCUCUCGAUCUGGUGUCUUCUUUCGACCUGGAUAAAGAGUCUGGCGCCCAUAGAAGACAAUCGCGGCGAGUGAGUUCGAUGCUGGCUCGUGCCGACCUUUCUGCAUCUCAGGAGCGUUCAGUCUUCUCCGAGCAGCCCUUGAUCCCAGCCCAUGGCGGAUCAAAACGGAUCGAGUCUUACGGUAGCCAAGGACCUAGGCUUAGUGGUGGCUACGGCUCGUUCAACUACAACCAGACCAUCCAUCCCAGCCUCGGGAGCUUGCUGGAGGCCCCGAUUGAUGGGGUGCUUGAAGAACUGCGAGCCGGCGGGGAUUUCGAGGGCUUCCAUAGCAUGGGCCUGGACGACCACGUUUUCGAUGGCAUUUCCCAGGAAAUGAUGUUCACCAAGAUCCAGACCAUCUCGCUAGACAACUCCAACGUGCGCUACUCGCUGUCAAAGCAGCCGGCUCGCGAGCACUGCAAGGUCUUCAUCCUGACAGCGCCCCAGUUCGCCCUAGACGACCCCCUGCGCGGCGAGCUGCUCAUCGGAAUUCAGGACUCUCUCGAUAAGCGACUGCAGCUCCUGACAAUUGAUCUCCAGCGAGGACCGCGCUUCCUGGUGCCACCGAAGCCUGGCAAGAGCUCCACGUCGUCUGAAGACCCCGUCCGGCUGGCUUGCGGCGCGCUUCGCCGAGCUCACCAUGUUGUAGACUCGUGCAAGGUGACCGACGGCGACAUAUCCGUUAUCCUAAUCCUGUCUGAAGGACAUGAAGGCCGCAGGGAGCUGAGCAUUCAGGCUCCAUGGAGCCAGAUCACCCCCAUCAAUCUCCCGCUAAUGUCUCUGGAAAAUGUUCGCAGUCUACACUACCGAGGGCGUGUCGUCGACAGAGACGUUCGCCACCGCAAGUCGGAAGUCGUCGAGGUUGCUAACGGCCACGUCGGCGGACUCAAGUACUCCAAAGCUAGGGGGGUCGUCGACAUGGUUGAUGGCGAAGAUAGACACCACCAGAUCCAAAUACAACUCCAGCCUCGAAACCCGCAGGUGCGCAAGGUGCUGGACGCAUGUCGGAGCAUUCUCCCGGCAACGCAUGCCGAGAAGAUCUUUCCCGGCUGGUGGCACAUCAUGAUAUGGGUCAAGAGCGAAGAGUUUGAAGUUGCCGACGCAGAAUGGUCAUCGCUGGUGAUUCUGCUUUUGACCAUCUAUCUCGCUCUCGGAAAGACAAAGCCAGCGCAAGACUCUCCGACCAAGCCAUCCAGAGGCAGAAGACGACCUCAAUCCGGCUCCUUUGGGUCAAUACAAAGCCUCGAGGACUGGAACACGCUACAUCUAUACGAAACCCCCAAUGCUCUGGGUUGUCCCAGCUGGCAGCAAACCAAGGCUUGGGAUUGGACCCUCGAUGAAGACACUAGUGACGACACGGAGAACAUCAUCAGCCCAGGCCUCAAGGAGUCUAAGUUCAUGUCUACACACGUCCAGUACGCCAAGGGAUACCUGGCAUCUCCGCUUGGCGAAAAGGCCGUCGGCGAAAAUGGCUAUCUGCCAACCGGGCAACAACGCAGCGCGGAAAACCGUGGGAACGCCGCUUGGAACAUAUUAGUUGCACUUCACCUCCUUCUCGAGGAACAGAAGCUGGAUAUCAUGACUCCCGAAUACGCCUCUCCGGGAACAGCCCCACUGCGUGUAGUCACUUGCCAGAUUGCUCGCUGGCUUGGAUGGCACAAUUUCGUGGCCAUGUAUGAGCUGGGGAUCCAGGAAGAGCUGGAUCCUCGUUACGACUCAGAGCUCCGCCUCGAAGUUCCCCUCACCCAGCCCUCUGGUGUUGAUUUUGACGUCUUUCACUGGAUCCAGACAUGCCUCGCCACUGGACAGUAUCAUCCAUUCCUGACACUAGCCAAUCUUUACCAUUCACAACCGGUAAAGGCCGAGCAGGAUCAUCUCAAGGAUUCGAGAUGGACCCCCAUUACCCCAAGGACCUUCAUGUUCAAACGUUUUUUUGAGAAGCUCACGCCAAAGGGCAGCCCUGCCAGCAUGGUUGAGGCCAUGCACUUGGCGGGCAUCAGCAGCCGAGUCCUUGAGACACUUCCUGAAGCUGUGCUUACACCAUUGAAAGAUUCCAUAUCGAGAUGCCAAGCCCGGCCGCCUGCUUCAUGGCCCAAAGAUCUGCUGGAGCUUGUCAACCGUGGCGAUAUGAGCAUGAUACUGGCACCUACCAAAAACCUGCAAAAGAGCGGUGCUAACAUUCUUACGCCUACGCACAAUGCGGCGUGGGACUAUCGUACCAUCUGCCAAAGCGUCAACGAAUACAACAAUAUUGGCUACGACGAAGGCGAGGGUACCGAGCGGCAAGCCGUCAUCCGAGCCCUUUUCAACGAGGACCGCCGUCUCAACGAAGCCCAAAAUCUCUUAUCAACCCACAGGGCCCGCGUCGUCCGCCUUGAAGCCGACCCAACGUGGUCGGAAAGCGAAUACCUCGAGAGGCAAAAGGAACUCGUGUCCAGGAUAGCUACCGGCACUCUGGCCAUCCCCGCCGGCCGAGCUCUUCUAUACUACAGCUUGCGAUACCCGUUACUGACGCAGAAGUUCCACGUGGCCGGAUUCAACCUCAACUGCGUCGUCCGUCCGACCAACGUCACUGUCGGCGUUGACAAGACACUGUUCACAGAGGACAAGGUCUGCUGGGGGUUUUUCCACCAAGGCGUGGCCGCUGGGCUCGCCAUUUCACCACAGGCCAAGGGCAUCGACACGUCAUGGAUCCUGUACAAUAAGCCUGGCCACGAUCUAAGUAACCGCCAUGCCGGCUUUUUGUUGGCCCUGGGUCUGAAUGGACAUCUCAGGGGCAUCGCCAAAUGGGUCGCUUUCAAAUACCUGACACCCAAGCACACAAUGACCUCUGUUGGUCUCUUGCUCGGCCUCGCGGCGUCCUACAUGGGCACUAUGGACUCUCUCAUCACCCGACUUAUCUCGGUCCACGUUACUCGCAUGCUGCCUCGAGGGGCCGCCGAGCUGAACCUCUCCCCGCUGACGCAGACGACCGGCAUCAUGGGCAUCGGCUUGCUCUAUUAUAACAGCCAACACAGACGCAUGAGCGAGAUUAUGAUGUCCGAGAUCAAGCAUGUUGACGAAGAAGACGAGGACGAACCCCUUCGCAGCGAAUGCUACCGCCUGGCGGCCGGUUUCUCGCUCGGUCUCAUCAACCUCGGCAAAGGGAACGACCUCCGCGGGCUCCACGACAUGAAGCUUACCGAAAGUCUCGUAACGAUCGCGACUGCCACGAAGAAGGUGGAAAUGGUGCACGUCUUGGACCGAGCAGCCGCGGGCGCGGUCAUGGCGUUGGCUCUGAUAUUCAUGAAAUCCGAGGACCAAAUCGUCGCCCGGAAGAUCGACGUACCCGAGUCCAUCGUUCAGUUCGACUACAUCCGGCCCGAUAUCCUGCUCCUGCGCACUGUCGCCAAGAACUUGAUCAUGUGGAACAAGAUCCAACCGACGUUCGCAUGGAUCCUCGAGAGUCUGCCCAAGGCAUAUCGUAACCGGCACAAGCUGGUCAACACGUCGAGGCUGAAGAGUACCGACCUCCCCUUCUUCAGUAUCAUCACCGGAAUCUGCUUCUCAAUCGCGCUGCGUUACGCAGGCAGCGCAUCUACGAGGGUACGAGACCUUCUGAUACACUACCUCGACCACUUCAUCCGCAUAUCCCGGUUGCCCGCCACGCAGCGCCCACCGCCCCAUGACCAUCCCAUGUAUGACGAAGAGCUGGCUCGUUCCAACGCCCGCAUGUGCCAGGACGUGCUUGCGCUCUCGGCCUCUAUCGUCAUGGCCGGAACCGGCGAUCUCGUCGUGCUCCGUCGCCUCCGUCUGCUGCAUGGCCGAGACGACCCCGAGACCCCGUACGGCUCGCACCUGGCUGCUCACUUGGCCAUCGGAUCGCUGUUCCUCGGAUGCGGGACGGCUACCUUUGGCACAAGCAACCUGGCCAUCGCCAGUCUGCUCAUUGCAUUCUACCCCGUCUUCCCGACAUCUGUUAUGGACAACCGAUCUCACCUUCAAGCAUUUCGCCACUUCUGGGUCUUGGCAACGGAUCCUCGCUGCCUCGUGGCCAAGGACGUCGCCACGGGCCAGCCAAUUUCGGCCCCUAUCGAGAUCCGCCGGAAGAGCACAGGGGAGCCGGACGACGCCGAGACGAUCGCCACCGUCCGCCAGACGCCCUGCCUCCUGCCUCCCCUCGGCGAGAUCGCGAGUAUCCGCACCAACGCGGGCCCGGCAUUCUGGGACCUCGAGAUCGACUUUGAAAAGAACCCCUCGCUCGUCGACGCCUUCCGGCAGAACCAGAGCCUCUACCUCCGCCGGCGUCCGGCGCAGGAGGCCCCGUUCACGUCGACGCUGCGCGCCCUCGGCCGUGACGCUCUCGCCGAUAUCACUGACAACGGCCGACAGGAUCCCCUCGAGUGGGUGUUUGGCCUCGAUGCCCUUCGCGACCUCACGUACGCCGAGCGCGCUACGGUGCUCGACCGGACUACCAACUCGGACGGCGUCGCCAGCGAGAGCUCCGGGUCCGCGGUUGACUCGCGGCUCGUGCUGCAGCGCAGCAUGGACGGGUCGUCGAGGGAGCGACUGCUCGGGCUCAAGAUGCUGUUCGAGUGGGCAGACCGCCGCGCGCAGCUGGAGGGUAGCUCGUGGGCCCAGGCUAAAAGCGGCGGUGGCGAGGGGGAGAAGAGCCAGGAGUGGUGGAUGAGGGAUAGUGUUGUCGAGGAGCUCAAGGGACGGGUGUUCAUGGCCGGGCGCGAUGGGCCGUAG